AAGAGAAGUAUAUGGUAUUCUUAAAGCUGAAGGCAUUUUACUUCCUCGCUAUGCAGUUCUGAACCGUGAUCCAAACAAUCCCCAAGAGUGCAACUUGAUUGAAGGAGAAGAUCACGUGGAAGUGAAUGGAGAAAUUUUCCAAAAGCCCUUUGUAGAAAAGCCGGUUAGUGCUGAGGACCACAAUGUUUACAUUUACUACCCAACAUCUGCUGGAGGUGGAAGCCAGAGGCUCUUUCGAAAGAUUGGCAGCAGAAGCAGUGUUUACUCCCCUGAAAGCAGUGUGAGAAAAACGGGCUCCUAUAUUUAUGAGGAAUUCAUGCCUACAGAUGGCACCGAUGUGAAGGUAUACACAGUAGGUCCAGACUAUGCUCAUGCUGAAGCCCGGAAAUCUCCAGCCCUGGAUGGCAAGGUAGAAAGAGAUAGUGAAGGAAAAGAAGUGAGGUAUCCAGUCAUCCUGAAUGCAAGAGAGAAGUUAAUUGCUUGGAAAGUGUGCCUUGCCUUUAAGCAAACAGUAUGUGGCUUUGAUUUGCUGCGUGCUAAUGGACAGUCUUAUGUCUGUGACGUGAAUGGCUUCAGUUUUGUGAAAAACUCCAUGAAGUACUAUGAUGAUUGUGCUAAGAUAUUGGGGUAA